AUGUUUCAGAUUCUUCUUACCCUCGCAUCCUCCAAGAAGCCGGUGAUUCUUUUGCCCGGUCUCAUAAGCUCCGUUCUCAGUGGCGAUGUCACAAAGAAGCGUUACUGGUAUUGUCCGAAUGUAAAAGACCAACAAGUAUGGUUUAAUGAUGAUUAUGUCCUUCCACCAACAUACUAUUGCCUUUUGGACAGUGUUAGACUUGAAUGGGAUGAUAAGCUCAAUAACACAAAGCAACCCGAUUAUGUCAAUCUUUCUAUCGUUGAUUUCGGUGGACUGAAUGGCAUCAAUAACAUUGAUUCAUUGGGUGAUACACACUUUGUUCCAUAUUACAAAGUCCUUGUUGACAGAUUGAUCCAAGAAGGAUAUUCAGAGCGUGUUGAUUUAUUUGGUGCUCCUUUCGACUGGAGAUUCGGCCUUAACCUCCCACAAGACUUCUAUAACCAAUUCACCGCUCUCGUUGAACAAGCCUACACAACAAACCAAAACCAGAAAGUUACACUCAUUGGUCACUCAAUGGGUGGCUUCUUCAUCAACCACUAUUUGGGCAGACUCAUGCCAAAGGAAUGGACUGAAAAGUACAUUGAAUCAGCCAUUUUUGUUGCUCCUGCUUUUGGCGGCUCGGGAAUUGCCUUCGAGACACAAGUCACCCACAAGCUCCCAUGGCUCAGUAUCCUUGGCGAAUUACCUGAAACAGUUUGCUCUAUUCAGGGAAUUCACAUCCACAUGCCAAACCAUGUCAUUUUCGGUGAUAAGACACUCGGCUACAAACCAGAUGGCCAACCACUUGUCGCUCGUGAAAUGACAGAUUUCCUCAUCAAUCAGGGAUAUUUGACAGGAGAUUACAUCAAGAUCCACAACAAGAUGAAACCAUUCUUCGUUGAUGCUCCUCCACAGCCACCAGUUCCAUCCGCUGUCAUCUACAAUUCUGGCCUUCCAACAAUCCAAGGCUUCGAUUUCAGAACAAAGGACCGUGAAAUGGUCUUCGGCGGUGGUGAUAUGAUGGUUAACGAAGAAGGACCAGAGUAUGCCUGCAACAACUGGAAGAAUACUUCUUGCCUCGACCUUAAAUCAGCUGAUCUUAAGAAUGACAACCACUUAACAAUCAUCUACAACAAGGAUGUCCUCGAGUUCAUUGUUAACUGGAUCAAGAACUUCUAA